CCACAUUGACGGCUGUUAGUGGCACUGCGCGGUCGCUCAAAGUCAGUAGGUUCGGUUCAAAAUGGCGCUAUGUUUACCUGUCCUUAGGCAUAGGACCCGAACGCUUUUUCUAGUUUAACCGCCUCAUUUGUCAUUAUAAUAUCCAGGAUUUAUCCCCAUGAGGUGAACUGAUGCUUUUAUUCUUUGGAAAUAUCGUCUAUCGGGACAUCUGCGACUUAACUGGUAUGCAAUAGAUAGGAUAAACUGCGGCUGCUGACGGGAUGCAAGCCGAGGCGAUGGAGCCCUCGCUGCGGGAGGGCAUCGAGGCGCUGGCGGUUGGCGACAAGACCGCAGGAGAGAAGGAGGAGAAAAGCGGGGACCUUGGUAUUAAUGACGUCAAGAUGGUAGAAGCAACUGUUGAAGAAACCACUUCACCGGAUGAGAAGACAAAUAAUGGAGGGGAGGAGGGCGGAGGAGAGGGGCAGGAGUCCCAGCGAGGAGACUCCCUCCUGGGGUCGGAUGGAGGCGAGAAGACUGGGGAGGCGGAGGAUGAGGAGGAGGAGGAGGAAGAGUGGGAGGUCCCGUACAGUGACGAGGAGUUGGAGCAGCCCCGCACGUGGAUGCCCCCGCCUGCCGAGAUCAAGCGUCUGUACGAGAUCCUGGCGAAGGGGGAGGCACUGGAGCUGAGCUUCGAGCCCCUCCCUCGCCGGCCCCCCACGCCGGAGCGCACCCCCUCUCCCGAGAGAGACGACGAUGAGGACGACGACGUCAACGAGAGCGAGCUGGCUGGCGGAGAGAGCAAGGUUGUGUCUCCGACUGAGUUUGACUUUGACGAGGAGAAGACGCAAGCCACUCCGAAAAGCUCCUUCAUCAACCGACGCAGAACGCCAGGCUCCUCAGCCCGCUCUUCUGUGAAGCGUGAGGCGCGUCUGGACAAGGUUCUGUCCGACAUGAAGCGCCACCGGCGAAUGGAGGAGCAGAUCCUGCGGACGGGGCGGGACCUGUUUAAGAGUGACAAGCGUGUAGAGGAGCCGCUGUCCCCCAACAGUCAGAAGGAGAGGGAGAAGGAGCGGGAGAGAGACAGCAACCCAGACACCAUCUUCUCUCCUAGGCAAAGGAGAUAUUGAGAGACACCUUCGCACCCAGAGGACCUCUUGCUUUGAAACUUGAAUUUUAUAUCCGUCUUGGACUUUUGUAUGUUUUUUAAGCAUGUUUUGUAAUAACAGUAAUAAACCCUUUAUUCAAUGUAAAUGCUGGUUGGAUGCCUUUCACUAUAAAUUAGGUUAACUUUUCUCCUGCAGAAUGUGGCCUGGCUGGGUUAGAUGCUGCAAGUGCCUUUUGUUUCUCUAAAAAUAUAUAAUAACUAACAUACUUAAUAACCUUCAACCAAAAUGAAUAAAACCACUUCCUGCCAUUUACAGACCCUGGGUCACCAACAAGUUACGGUUGUAGUAACUUGGUGAACCAGGGUGCUCAGCACCUUCUAGUGGUUAAACGUAUGUAUUGCAUAUUUUACUGGGCGUAAUCAGGCAAGUGUUUCAGGAUGCUAGUUCUGGUCGUUAUUCCUUAUUGCUGUAUAGUUACGAUACAAACACUUAACAUACACGGCUGAACAUCAUCAUAUAAGUCACCAUUUUCAGAGCCAACAUUUUUGUAAACCUAAACUAAAGAGCCAAUGGGUGGUAACAACAGAUUAACCUUCUAUUGACAGAAUAAGGUUCUUCUGGGCGUAGAAUAAUGUUCCAUUGAUAGUCAUGUUCUACUGGCAGAAUAAUGUUCCAUUGAUAGUCAUGUUCUACUGGCAGAAUGAUGUUCCAUUGGCAGUAGAAUGAUGUUAUAUUGACAGAAUAGCUUUCUAGUGACAGUAUAAUGUUCUAUUGGCACUGGAAUAAUGUCUAUUGACAGAACACACUUUAAACACUAGAAUAAGGCUGAAUAAGUAGAGCAGUCUGGGGACAUUGGAAUAUAUUUUAGUUAAGAGUUUGAGUAACAAGAAACGCCUGAGGUGAGGCUCAGAAGCAUAGAGAAUAACAGGGAUGCAUAAAUAUGCAUUCAAAACCACAAAUGAACCAAAUAAAUAAACAAUAA